AUGACAAAGACGAUCGUCGAACGACUGCGUAACACCUUACUGAAAUCAUCUGAGAAUAGCGAAAACACUCCAAACAUCAAAACGAAUCGCUUCUCAGCGGCAGUGGCAACUGCGUUUUGUCAUAUAAAUCGAUUUAAGAAAGAGAACGACGGCGGAGAGGGACGAAUCGUUAUAGUGAAUGUGGGUUAUGACGUAUCGCGUGAGCAAAACUCAUUGAUGAACAUAUUCUUCAGUGCUCACAAACAAAAUAUCGUUGUCAGUGUUGCCGAUAUCGGCAAUUCUUCACCAGUGCUGCAACAAGCAUGCGAUAUCACCGCAGGAAGAUACUUUAAAGUGGACAAACCGAGCAACUUAUUACAAUAUUUGAUGUGUAAUGCGCUGCAUUCAAGUGAAAACGUGAGUAUCUUCAAGCCAGCACUCGACACCUCAGUCGACUAUCGUGCGCUGUGUCAAUGUCAUGCCAAGCCAGUGCUUAUCGGAUACGUGUGUUCUGUGUGCCUGUCGGUGCAAUGCAAGUUCAAUCCUAUUUGUCCCAUGUGCAAGUUGGUUUUUGAUUUCUUCAAUAAAUGA